AUGGCUCAUAAAACAUCUAUUGGAACUACACCUUAUCGCUUGGUUUAUGGGAAAAAUUGUCAUUUACCAGUCGAGCUUGUACAUCGUGCUUGGUGGGCCAUUAAAGAGGUUAAUAUGAAAUACGAUGAUGCAGGAAAGGAGCGAAAGUUAAAGCUUUGUGAGUUGGAGGAGCUUCGGGAAGAAGCGUAUGAGUGUGCUUCUAAAUAUAAGGAUGAUAUGAAGAGGGCACACGACGCGAAUUUGAAGCCGAAGGAGUUUAAAGCGGGUCAAAAGGUUUGGCUCUACAAUUCAUGGCUCAAAUACUUUCCUGGAAAGCUUAAGAGUAAAUGGAUGGGCCCGUACGUGAUUACAUGGGUCGGGAAGCUUGGAGAUGUUAUAAUCAAGGACCCGAAGGAUGGGUCGAAGCAAACGGUUAAUUGGCAUCGCCUUAAACCGUUCCUUGAUGGUAACGAAGAUAAAAAGGAUGAGAAUGUGGAGUUGGUAAACUUCGUGCUAAGUGUGACAACUUAUGAGGUCAACUAA